AUGGGCGUCAGUAACGACAAGGAUUCAAAUCGGCUUCGGAAACUCUCAAAGCCAUUGACCCAUCUCCCCGAAUCCGAUCAGAGGGAUUCCGUUAUUCAUGUGGACAAUGCCGGGGAGCAGAGCUCUCAGACCUCUCCGAAACGAGGCAAGCGUCUCUUUAGUUCGACCUUGCAUCGCACGAAGAAGAAGUCGCCAGCACCUCUUGAGGCAACUAUUCCCUUCCCCGUAGAGUCACAGGCUCAUACUACAUCUCCAUCCGAUGGUUACCCCGUUACUCCCACUCAAGAAGAGACACCGGUAACAGCUGUUCCACCCGUGAGAGCCGACACGACAGGCCACAAGCCGACCGUUGGCUUUGACGAACGGAAGUAUUUCCUCCACAAGCGGGGUCUAAAGCAUCACCCAUAUUCUCGCGAUGAGGUUCCUUAUAUGCAAGCAUACAACCCCACACUUCUUGAUAACGAUCGUUUCACGGAAAUCUUGAUACAGCGACUGAACCCAAACGGUUCACCGUCCUUCCAUAACUACGGUAAAACCCCGCCUUCUAAUAUCCUUGAUCUUGGCUGUGGCACAGGUCGCUGGGUUCUCGAUACUGCGACUGUGUGGAGAGAGUCUAAAGUGACUGGACUAGACAUUGUAGAUGUGAUUGAUGAUCCGAAAUUUGCCCCCAACAAUGUUUACUGGGUUCGAGCCAACUUCCUUAAGGAUCCACUGCCGUUUCAUCAAAACACCUUUGAUCUUGUGCGAAUGGCGAAUUUGUCGCUAUGUAUUCCGUACGACAAGUGGGACUACCUGCUAUGUGAAGUCCGCAGGAUCUUGAUGCCCAACGGACGGCUGGAGUUAAUUGACGACCAGAUUUUCUUCCCAUACGAGAAAGCCCCAUCAUCUUCUCCGUCAACAUCCGUUCCAUCACUUGCCCUAACUGUGACCGCGCGAUCCGAAUUCGAAAAAGAUGAAGACGAAGCCACCACCGAUAACGAUACCUCUGAGGACGACGACGACUUCCAAAGCACCAAGAGCAUACUCACGAGCGUAGAUGACGAUGACUCGUGUAGUGAACAAGAGCCUCUCUUGGAAAAGCCAUCCGAAGCCCGUAUAGAUCGUGCGGCGGAAUGGAGAGCUAAUGUGGCGAAGUCUAAAGAUCUCGAAAACGCCUUUGAACAGAUGCUAGUCCAGAAUGGCAUAUAUGCGCGCCCUCAAGAAGUCAUCGAAAUCAUGCUCGAACAGGUGUUUGGUCGAUACCACUCUAACAAAAUCAGCACAAUGUAUCUCGCUCUCGCUCCUCCUACGCCCGACAAGGAUUCCGACGAGUCUUCAUUGGUUAGCACAGACAGUGGGAAUAAGAAAUUCAAGGAUUAUAAAUGGAUGAAUAUCGAAUGGGAUAAGAAAGAGAAGAAGGAAAAGGGGAAGAAGGGGGACAGGUCCAGCGGAGAAAGUAUGGCCUCCUUCUCGCAGAUUCCUGACAGUAUCAGCGCGAAAGCAGCAGGUCGAUUAGGCAUCACUCCCAACAAAAAGGGAGAAAGGUUGAGCGAGGACAGCAUUUUUUCUUCCCCAUCUGUUCCAGAUACCAUCAGUACAAAAGCAGCUGGACGGUUAGGCAUCACUCCCAGCAAAAAGGGAGAAAGGUUAAGCGCGGACAGCAUUUUUUCUUCCUCGUCUGUUCCGGAUACCGUCAGUGCGAAAGCGGCAGGCCGCCUGGGCAUCAACACUCCCGCCACACCUCCUCGACCUUCCCCACCAACACAGUCACCGGGUCUUCUUCUAUGGCCAUCUACGUUUAUUCCCAUAUCCCCUCUCGAGUUAGAGAUGCACGCAUGCAAGAAUUUGCACCUCCUUCUUGGAUGUAAAUCGGCUUUGGCCGACUACCUUCAUAGCUUAAAACGCGAGGAUGGUGUUCCCGUAAUCAGCGAUGAAGAAUUCACAAAUAUCGUCUGGGAUUAUGAGUGCUUCCGUCGCUCGCGCUUCAACUGGCCUUCAGAAAUUCCAGAAUAUCGCUUGGACGUACCACUCACAGAAGCUACCCCGAGAUCUGCCAACAAUGCUCGUGCCUCAAUGGGCCCUGAUGCUAUGCUGGGACAUCCUCGCCCAGCUUCUACUGAGAACGAGGCGAUGACUCUUGUGAAACGUGAUGACCUAACCUUCGUACGUGCCAUCAGGGUGUAUGAAGCUGUCAAAGUAGACGAAGACUUCAACCCCACAUAAACAUCACCAUCGUACCUGCAUUCUCAGUAACACUCGACCAACAGUGUUUUCUGUAUAUCAUUCCCACUUCUCUAUUAUACCAGGCUUUGUUUGCCGGUCUCACGUUCCUUUUAUUCUUCUGGAGGGACAUUUUUUUCCCAUUGCUUCAUUUGUCACCAUCAUUGAUUUAUUCAUUCAUGCAUGAUGUUCUGUUAUUGUACUAGCUUGGAGCACUAUCAUUUGUAUUCCCAUUGUAGUGAUACCUUACCACACUGCCAUCAGCAU